AUGACAUUGAUGUCCCAUCACUGCAUCUCACUACGGUGCCUUUUCCGUUCAAUCCAGAUCGGUCGUUACGAUCUUAAUGGCCGCGCAGUGGACUAUCUUCUAUUCAUCGGUGCCCAUCUGGUCGCUCUGAGUCGCCGAGGGCUUGUGGGUGUGCGUCACGUGAUGACAAAUACGUGGCAGGUCUGGAGUACGGUUCCCAUUCUGAGCUACGGUGUGGCCGCUUCUGAACUGCUUCUUUUGGGCUGCGCAAACGGUCGUAUAUGCAGUAUCAGUGAGUUCGCACUGGAUCCAAUUUCGUGGUUCUGUUUCGUCCUUAAUCUAUCUGCUGCCUGUUAG